AAUCUCACACCAUCAGGUGGUGUUAUAUUAUGCUUCCACACCUCAAUAAUUGUAGUAAUUUCAUCAUCUGGGCUUUCACUUCGCAUGCCUGAGCUGGAAUUGGUGCAGAAGUUGGCGAUGACCUAGGCAAAUGAUUCGUCAACCGAUAUCAUGCCCCUUCAAGAACUGAAUACCGCCGUCGAGAAAGACCGUUCGCUUCUCUCGCCGCUUUCAUACGAUGACGAUGCCAUCUCCCUCCACAGCAGAAGCGACCAAGACACCGACAGCGAAGAUGACAAGAUAAUAGCAGCAGCCCGUAAUAGCAGAGAGCUUCGUGCUCGUGACCGUAUUGUCUUGAUGGAAGAGGAGGAGAUAGAUCAGCUGGUAGUUGAUUCGAGAGCACAACAGGAGCGCCAGCGACGGGGCAGCGGCCUACAGCGUCGUGGCAGCAAUCUCGCACUACCGAACCCUCUCAAAGCACUGCGCGAAUAUAGUAAGACGCGCUCAGGGUCCGCCAUCCACGACCCGGAGAGCUCCAUCGAAGAUCUGCAUGACGAGAAGAGGCAGAGUCGACGGAACAGACGUAGAGAUAAACGGGAUCGCCUAUUAAAGGAAGCCCGUGAUGGCGAGGAUGGGGAGCUCAUGCACGAAAUGGAAGUCGGCGGCAUGAAGGACGGAAGCUCAACAGGCGACAGCAGCGACCGAGAGGAUAGCGACGAACUCGACCGUCAACACCUCAUCCAUGUUUCGGGAACGAAGGCUUCUAAGAAACGCAGAUGGAGAAAAUGGCUUUUCAUCUAUACAACUAUUGCCGUAGCUUUCGCUUUCUUGGUCCUGCUAGCCUGGAAAGUGUCACUGGACAAGAAACGCACCAUGCCAACCCAGCUGAAGAGUAACGGUACUGCGCUUUUCGCCCCGACCACUCUCAUUAUUAGCUUGGAUGGCUUCCGGGCCGACUUUCUGACGCGUGGUUUGACGCCACGACUCAAUGCAUUCAUCAAGGAGGGCGUAUCGCCGCUAUACAUGACCCCGUCGUUCCCAUCUGUGACCUUUCCCAAUCAUUACACGCUUGCGACCGGCUUGUAUCCUGAGAGCCACGGCGUCGUGGGUAAUACUUUCUGGGAUCCCGCCCUACAAGCUGAGUUCUACUAUACAGACCCAGACCGAAGUCUCGAUCCGAAAUGGUGGGGAGGCGAGCCUUUUUGGGUCACAGCAGAACUCCAGGGCUUGCGCUCAGCGGUACAUAUGUGGCCAGGGAGCGAGGCGCACAUAAAUAACAUGGAUCCGACUUUCCUUGAUAGGUACAACGGAAAGGAGGUCUUGCCAAAGAAGGUCAAUAGAAUCUUGGAGUUUAUUGAUAAACCUGGCCUAGAAAACCCUGACGUUAACGAACGGUUGCGGCCACAACUAAUCGCAGCCUAUGUUCCUAACGUAGAUGCCAUGGGCCAUCUCUACGGCCCGAAUAGCACUGAGAUCCGCGCAACAAUUAGCGAGGUUGAUGAGAUGCUAGAUCAGCUGUUUCAGGGACUCGAGCAGCGGAAUUUAACCGAUAUUGUCAAUGUCAUUAUCGUGUCUGAUCAUGGAAUGGCUACUACAGAUGUUAGUCGCAUGAUCCAGAUUGAAGACUUGGUCGAUAUCACCAAAGUAGAUCAUCUUGACGGAUGGCCCUUGGUUGGCAUUCGUCCAAAGAAGCCAGAAGAUUUGCAUCUACUCUAUGAUCAAGCAGUGAACAAUACCAAGGGCAAUCCGAACGUCGAGGUCUACCUUAAAGAUAAAGACAUGCCCCAACGAUAUCACUUUGCGAACAAUGAUCGCAUUGCCCCUCUCUGGAUUAUCCCGAAAACAGGCUGGGCUAUAGUUGAGAAAGCUGAAUUCAAUAUUCAGGAGGCGAAGGUCAAGAACAUAUCAUAUCAUCCACGUGGUUUGCAUGGGUAUGACCACGAGCAUCCCCUAAUGCGGGCCAUCUUCGUUGCUCGUGGCCCUGCUUUCCCUCAUCAACCACACAGCAAGGUCGAGACAUUCCAGAACAUCAAUGUCUACAAUAUCUUGUGUGAUUCCAUUGGCAUGAACCCUAUGCCCAAUAAUGGCACUCUUCGGUUACCUUUGAAAGUAGUCGGGUUGCACAAUGACGAAACGACUCUUGAACAGCCAGAAGAUCCAGACUCGACUUCGACAAGUGAGAAUGCGAUGUCUAUUCUUCCAGUAACCUCAAUCACGACACCCUCAACAAGCAAGGCUGCAUCAUCAUCGGCGCACAUAUCUACGUCGUCUGCAGUGACCGAGGAUAUCCCAAAACGGCCCACGAGGCCAGCGCAGCCCGAAAAAUCAAAGGAGCCCCAGCAGUCAGAAGAAACUCCAGGGGAGACAGAGGAACCUGACGAGUCAGAUAAGGGCUCGAGUGGCUCUUGGUGGGAUUCUUUCAAGGAAUCCAUCGAUUGGGCUAAGGACAAGUUCAACGAAUUUGUUGAUCAGAUCACUGGCACAGGUGGCUAGAUCUCCAUCAACUGGUAUUCUUACGUAUCUUUUUACAGUCUGCUUUGGUUUUAUCUGUGUAGCGUUAGGCGUUGGCGGAUAAUGCACUCGGGAUUCACGACUUAGAAGCCAAUUGUAUUAGUACUAUUAGUUAUGUCAGGUUUAACGGUAUUAAUACUUUGUAACAUCUACCACUAUGUUUCAAAUUAAUUAUCAGAAAGAGAAGUUCUGUCAGUGUGUUAUCAGCUCCAUUGUUUUCCGGUCGAAAAGAGUAUACUAUAUUCUGCUUUAGUUAACUAAUUAAGUGAUAUUGAUAUCUUUUACCGAAAUAUUAAAUCGUAAGAUUCCAUGGCUAGACUUACGAUCCCAAGUUAUAUCGAGGACUCACCAGUGCUUGCGAUGUGCACGAAGGUGAAGCUGCGCUGGACUGUCUUGUUUGUCUGAUUGAUACAAAUUUCAGUCUCAUAAAUUCAUAGCCUGACAGCGUAUAUUAUGGACAGGAUACCUAGACAAAAAAGGAGACGGCCAUUGUUAAUGAAAAGUUCUACUUUACGCCCGUAA